AUGUCAACAAGUUUAUUACCGGUUAUUCAAACUGAACUUAAUCGUUAUGGAUUAUCUAUUAUAUUCAUUUUUGGUACAAUAGGCAAUAGUUUCAUUAUAAUACUUUUUAGAAAGUAUCGUCAAAAAUCUUGUUCAAUGUAUUUAUUUUGGUCGUCUAUUAUAAAUAAUCUUUAUCUUCUAUUAGCUAUUCCACCAACACUCUAUAGUAUUAGUUAUGGUGAUUUAAAUUCUCGCUCUUUAACUUAUUGUAAAUUACGUUUUUAUUUAACAAAUACAUUAGGUCAAUCAGCGAGAUAUUUUGUUAUUUUAGUAUGUAUUGAUCGUUUUAUUUUAACAACAACAAAUGUUCAUAUUCGAAUUCUUUUUCAACCAAAAAAUGCACGAUAUUUAAUGUGUAUUACAUUUCUUUUUUGGCAUAUUUUUCCAAUUCAUAUACUGUUCUCAACAACCAUUAAGGAUGGACGAUGUAAUCAAUUUGGUUUAUAUUAUAUUUUACAUAAUAUUUAUCUAAUAAUAUUUGUUUGUUUUAUUCCACUAAUACUAAUGAGUAUUUUUGGUUAUUUAACAUAUCGUAAUGUAAGAAGAUUACAAUUACGUAUUCAGCCAAUUGAUUAUCCUAUUGAUAAUCAUAGAGAAAAUAUUAUAAUACGAAGUCGUGAGCGAGAAUUAUUGUAUAUGGUACUUGGUGAAGUAUUCAUUCAUAUUAUAACUAUAUUAUUAUAUCCAUUUAUUCUUUUGGAAAUUGCUAUAACAACUUAUAUGGGUGUAUUAAAAAGUGUUGAUCGUAUUCGAAUAGAAAAUUUUAUUGUAACUAUUGCAUCAGUUAUGUUUUUCAUCAAUAUUGGUUCUCGUUUUUAUAUUUUUUUUGUGAUAUCAAAAAAAUUUCGUAAAAACUUUAAAAAAUUUUUCAAAUUAUUUUGUAAUCGAGUUAUUAGAUGA